CUUGUCAAACCUUAAUAUUAGUAUAUAUUGUGACAUGUUUCUUUUUCUACUGCUUUUUGUUUCUGAGCUCUACCAGAAUGGAUUGGGAUAUGAAAGCAUUAUGGAAGAAGUGAUUAAUGACCACAAUGAACAUCGGAGGAAUUGGUUAGUCCCGGAAUUUACCGUGUCCAAUGAACUCUCCGAAGAAUCUGAAGAAUAUGCAAAACAUUUGGCCACCUUAAAAAUCCCAGAUCAAAAGUUGUACAAAGACCAGGAAGAUUUUUUUGUGGAUCAUCUGGCUUUUCCCAUAUCGGAUCCAUUGAAAGACAGCUAUACAGAAAAUAUUUGCGAAUUUAAGAAUAAUAAUUGUGUUAAGUACUGGUCCACUGCAGGGGCCAAGUGUUAUCGUAAGGCAAAAAAUCGCAGAACCAAAAUUGAACAAUCUUUGGCCGAUAAGUUUUCAGCAAUCACGUGGAAAUCAUCUUUGAACAUCGGUAUUGGAUGGGCACCAAAGAAUCCCGCAAACCCGAAUGGAAGAAAUAUACUGGUAGUCAGGUACACUCCACCCGGAAAUCAGCCUGGAGAGUACGAACAAAAUAUAGAAAAUGAGGAAUUUUUGGACUAUUAUACUUUGACUGCAGUACCCGAGGAAGAAAUUGUGACAAACCCCAAGACUUCAGGAGGCUCAAGUGACAAUGCAUUGCGAAAGCAAAUUAAUAUAACUUUAGUCGUCUUAAUUUUGCUGUUUAGUUUGAAUAUCGAAUCAAGGCCAGUUUUCUCUGCUUCAGGUUAAGUCAACAGCAA